UUAAUUGACAGAAAUCUUCAGAAAAGAAAAAAUAAUUUUGUGUUUUGUUUUGUUAUGAAUCUGUUUUAAAUAAAAUACUGGAUAUAAAAGAGUUAUUUUUUUAUUACAGAUAAGUGUAUUUGGUAGCGGUUUAGUGUCUUAAAGUUAAACGAACUUUAUAAACAUGGCAAAUCCUACUCAGGGUUUAACAGUAUCCCAAAUAUUGAAAAGUAAGGCGGAAUUUGACGAUGAACCCAAAAAGAAAUCAAGGGAAGAUUGGAGGAAAGCUAAAGAACUAGAAGAAGCACGAAAAGCUGGUACUGCUCCAGCCGCUGUUGAUGAAGAAGGAAAGGAUAUCAAUCCUCAUAUACCCCAAUAUAUUUCGAAUGCGCCUUGGUAUUAUGGGACAAGUGGUCCCACCUUAAAGCAUCAAAGGCCUCAAGAUGAUAAACAGCAAGAGUACUCUGCUAUAGAUGAAUGGUAUAAAAGAGGUCUUGACACAACUAAAAUUGUUACCAGAUACAGAAAAGGAGCUUGUGAAAAUUGUGGCGCUAUGACCCAUAAAAAGAAGGAUUGCAUGGAUCGCCCGAGGAAAGUAGGUGCUAAGUACUCUAACACAGAUAUUUUACCUGAUGAAUUUGUACAAAAGAAUUUAUCAUUGAGUUUCGAUGGUAAAAGAGACAGAUGGAGUGGUUACAAUCCACUAGAGCACACAUCAGUGAUAGAGGAAUUCCAGAAAGUAGAGGAAGCAAAGAGGCAACUGAAAGCUGAAAAAUUAGAUGCUGAAAAUUCUGAUAAUGAUGAAGAUGAAGACAAAUAUGUUGAUGAAGUAGAUAUGCCUGGUACAAAAGUAGAUAGCAAACAAAGAAUUACUGUAAGGAAUUUACGUAUUCGUGAAGAUACAGCAAAAUAUUUAAGAAAUUUAGAUCCGAAUUCUGCAUAUUAUGAUCCAAAAACUAGAUCUAUGAGGGAAAAUCCAAAUCCAGGAAAAGAUGAUACAUACAAAGGAGAAAACUUUGUAAGAUUUAGUGGUGCUACAAAAUCUCAUGCAACAGCUCAACUUUUUGCUUGGGAAGCCUACGAGAAAGGUGUGGACGUUCAUCUCUUGGCCGAGCCUACAAAAUUGGAACUGCUACAAAAGGAAUAUGACAAAAAGAAGGAACAGUUCAAAACCAAAGUUCAGUCUAAUAUUUUAGAAAAAUAUGGAGGAGAAGAACAUUUGGAAGCUCCACCAAAAACUUUAUUGCUUGCCCAAACAGAAGAUUAUGUUGAAUAUUCAAGAUCAGGUAAAAUUAUGAAGGGCCAAGAAAAAGAGGAGAUACGUUCCAAAUAUGAGGAAGAUAUUUAUAUUAACAAUCAUACAAGUGUUUGGGGUUCAUAUUGGAAAGGUGGUCAGUGGGGUUAUAAAUGCUGUCAUUCUUUUAUCAAGAAUUCAUAUUGUUUGGGUGAAUCUGGAAAAAGUACUAACAAUGACACAGAAUUAAAAAAUAGUUCUGAUGCUAAUAUUAACCAAAGUGAAUGUAUUAAUAAUACAUCAGAAACUACACAAGAAAGUGAAUUGACUUGUGAUAAAGAAUCAGAUGAUUCCAGUGAAGAUGAUAUCAGAACAAAGUCUGAAAAAAAGAAAAAGAAAAAUAAGCAUAAAAAGAAAAAGCACAAAGAGAAAAAAGCCGAAAAAGACAAAUUAUCAGAGGCUUUAAAAGCUGAAGAACAGCAUCAAAAACAAGCCGAUUAUUUGUUGUCUUUGGAUGAAAGAAAGCGACCUUACAACAGUAUGUUUGAAGCAAAGAAACCGACGGAAGAAGAAAUUGAAGCAUAUUACCUAAAAAGGAAACGAGAGGAGGAUCCAAUGAGUCAGUUUUUAUAAUCUAACAUAGGUAUUUAUUAUGCAAUGUUAUUUGAAAAAUGUAUAAAACUGGACGUCAAGAAGG